AUGGGUACUACACCAAGUGAUUGGACAUGUAACACAUUGCCAACACUACCAGGUGCCGAUUCCAAAGCACCGGGAGUUUACACUAUGUUUAGUGCCGUGCCAAAAAGAGUGACUAUCAACUCGAUUACUGGAUCGUACAUUGAUAUAGACUACCCACUCAUGUACAUUGGCUCGAGUUAUUCAAGUGUCUAUGACCGUAUCCAAAAGAAAAAGAAUGUCGAUGGAUUUUGUACAGACGCCACUCAACCUGGAAAGGCUGGUACCUGUCUCUACUGCUACAAGACGCUUCCACUACCAAACCAAGACAAUAACCCCGAUGCCUACUUGAUCGAACAAAUCAUGUUGUCUAUGUUUUGUUCAUUGACCAAUGCCGUACAUAUGGGUGGUGUCCAGUACGACGUCAAUUGUCAAUUCGCACCCGGACAAGGAUACCUUACCGUCAGUCCAAUGGGUUGGCUCUCACAUGCCGGCAUCAACCUCAACGGUGGAUUCCAAGACGCCCUACUCAACGCUCGUUGCAACUAUCCCGCCCAAGUCCCACAAUUCCAAAACGCCCAACAACAUGAAGCUUGGGAAGACCAAUUUGAAAUCGAAGAUAUGGAUGACGGUGGUCUCAACACUGGGGGCACCUACCAAGCCGACGGUUCAGACCUCUCUGGUAAAAUGACCCCUGAAGAAGAAGCAAAAGAUUUGAUUGAUGAUUCAAAAGAUCAAUCAACUGCUUCUUUCUAA